AUGGAUGAAAUCCUAGCUCCCGUUGCAGGUCCUUCAGACGAACAUAUACCAAGGUCUGGGAUCCCUAAGAUUGAAAACGAAGAUGAAAAUGAACGUUACGCCAUCAUAGGCAGUGACUUAUCUACAAGACUAAAAUACAUGACUAACCAAAUAACCUUGAACGAUUUAUAUAUGAUGAUACCAAUACCAAGUUCUAUCUUGGUCAGAUCAUUUCGAAACCCCCUUAAAGCCAAAUCCACUCCCGAUAGAGAGAAUAAUGAGGUCCGAUUAUGCACACCUAGAUAUCUGACUUUGAUGUCGACGGAUCACGAUGCACCUAGUUAG